AUGCUGGCUGAGGGCCACAUACGUCUAUUCGAACUUCUGCCACCAAAUCAGACAACCAAUCGAGUUGCACCCAUCCGAGGCCGAACACAUGCGUAUCGGCUUUUGGGCACUCCUCAGUACGAGGCGGCUUCUUACGUCUGGGGUGAGCGCGAUGUCCAGGCGACGAUCGAAGUCGACGGAGAGGAAGUCCUGGUAACUAGAAACCUCGAAGCCGUUCUGAAACGCAUAAGGCUUCCUGAUCGACAUCGAUUGCUCUGGGUAGAUCAGAUCUCGAUCAAUCAGUCCGACGAUAUCGAGAAAGUCCAACAGGUGCCGCUCAUGGGUCGGAUCUAUGCGGCCGCGGUUCAAGUGCUAGCCUGGCUUGGAGAGCUGCGAGAGGGAAUUGCUGUUGAGGAUGCUCAGGCCGCGAUCGACAUUCUCGAGUUCUUCGAUGCACACAGAAGAGACUCAAGUACGCAGGCCCCGGAAUGUCUGCGAGACAAGCAAGCCACAGAACGAGCAAUGAACGCAAUGAGAACAAUCGGAGUCACAGAGAACGAGUGGUGGCGGCGGAUCUGGACACUGCAGGAGGCUGUCCUUCCAGCUCGAGCCACGAUUCUCUGGGGGCCUUGUCAAAUCGCUUGGAGUACAGUCCUCAAUGGGAGCAAUCACCAGAUCCCCUAUGAACUCGGCAAGUUCAUCUAUCGGAGCCCUUCGAAUUUCCAGUCUUUCAACAAUCUGAUUACACAGAUUCGAGGAGUCGAAAUCGAGAAGAGGAAUGGAAGUGGACCUCUGAUGGCAGCAUAUCGAUGGAGCUUUCGAAUAGCGACGGAUCCUUUGAAUAAAGUCUACGCUUUCAUUGGCCUGUUUCCUCCCGGUACUUUCAGGAGAGCCGAGUGCUGUGACUACACGUUACCGGCCGCCACUGUCUAUGCUAUGUUCACCGCCGAUCUGAUCGAGCAUCACAAGAGCUUUCACCCCAUCACGAUCUUUGGCCUGAACCGCUUCCAUCCGAAGCGCGCGGUCGACCUCCCGAGCUGGGCCAUCGACAUGGGCAUCGAUGGUUAUGAACUCUCAAUACCGUCUGUGUGCAGAGAUGGGGACAGCUGGGCGUGGCUAUCGAUGAACAACUACAAUUUGUACAAUGCUUCCGGCAACCUUGACAUCGACUGGGAGCACUUUGAGUUCAAUCCCUUGGACGGUUCACUAUCCGUAAGCGCCACGCACGUUGCUGAGAUCUGUACAGUUGGCGCAGCUCUCUCUUCCGAAAUCAUGUCAGAUCAAGACACGAUCGCGCGAAUCAAGGAAUGGUACAGCACCGCCAACGACUUCUAUCAUGCCCAAGAUUGGCUAGAUCCUGCCCUGAGACGAGGACUUUGGCAAUGGCCCGGCUCAUUCUGGAGAGGACUGGUCGGAAAUCUGGCUCGUGUCAUCUACGACUUCGAACCAACCCGUCAAGCGACGGAGUCUGAUCUUUUGCAAGUCUAUGAGUUUGUUCGAACGGGAGAGCGUAGCUUGUAA